GUCUCAACGCAAUCGUUGUUUUUUUCACUUGAAAUUUCUUCCGCCUCGCUUCUAACCUUCGCCUCUUCUGCAAAUCAAUGAAAUGAGGCUAUUUUUUUGUGUAAAUUUUUUUAUAUAUUUCGCGCUGUUUGCCGGCUUAGAAACGAUAAGCGGAUUUUCUAUCGAAAAUUAUUUUUACGAAUCGAACGAAAACGAUGAUUACGACGAUGAUUAUGAAUAUCCUGAGAUCAACGGCGGUAUCACUUUGGAAGUACGGACUGACAAAUCGAAUCAACUCAAAACGAAUUCGGAGUCAAAAAAAAUGAAAAAGCAGAUGCACGACCAACCGGCCGAGGAAGACAGUGAUUGUAUCCAAAGUUUUCUCCAAAACGUUGUUGAUAUUUUCAAGUUACUCGAUUUUCUUGGUGACAGCGAGGAAGAAGACGAUCCUCAGGAUGAAGUUUCAUUGACGACCCUUUCUCCAGUCGUUAAAACCACAUCGCACAAAACAGCCGAAAAUAUUUCUACGACAAAAGCGUCACAAGUAACAACAGCUAAAAUUCCAGAAGUAUCAAGUACAACGGCUAAUUCGGUUAACGAUGUAACUACGGCUAUACCACAAAAUGGCACGACUCCGGACAAAAAAAAGCUCUAAAAAUCACGCUCGAUAUUCGUAAAACUUCAUUUUAUUGUAUUAAAUAAUGAAUAUAAUAAUGACAACCAAUACAAAAGUGUCCUAACGGAAAGUUAUGAUUGAAUGAAUAUGAAACUCAUUAACAGUUUAUUGAGAAUAGGGUGAUGCAAAAAAAGUCGAUAUUUUUUUUCAGAGCUCCAAUGGAAAUCGUUAGUACAUCAAAAAAAGUAAUUUUUCAAAAAUUUCAGAUUUGUCGAAAGAAAAUUUAGAUAAUGCUCAAGCCACUUUUCGAUAUUUUCCUGUUUUUUUUUCAAAAUUAGCGACGCAAAAUUUUUUUUUUGCUCU